UACAAUUGCAAUUUACAAUCACCAAUGCAUAUAUCACAAAUACACACAACACAAUCCUCGCCAACUAUAUGCUUCCACAAACCACAUCAAAUUGCAAAAUGCUGUCCACACAAAAAUAUGUUAUCUCAACCAACAUUUUCUCGUGUCCCAGUGUGAAGGUGAAGAAGAACAUCAAUGGAGAAACAAGAACCAUUGUUUCCAUGGCUAAAAAAGAUGACUUUUCUCAAAAGUCAACGCCCAAAACUCCAUUAAAGAUUGUUUCCCAGGCUGUUGUUGCUGUUCUUGGACUGGGGUUCAUUGAUGCAGGAUACAGUGGAGAUUGGUCAAGAAUCGGAGUGAUUUCGAAAGAGAAUGAAGAUUUUCUCAAAGUUGCGGCUCUUGUUGUUGUCCCUUUGUGUUUGUUUAUCAUAUUUUCCAUCUCCAAGACUGCCGAUGAUUGAAUUUUAAUGGGAUCAAUUCUCAAAAUUUAUGGAAAAGUAUAUUGUCAUUCUUAAACUUCUAAACUAAAACAUUAACGUUUGAAGAUUCAAAAUGGGCCUGAAAAAAAAAAAAAAAAAAAAAAAAAAAAAAAAAAAAAAAAAAAAA